AUGUGGAAUCCUCAAUGCCUGAAGAACAAUACACACCUUACUAAGUCCCUGAUUGGUGGACUCGAAGAGAGUAAUUCGCGUCUGAACCGGUCAGGAAAGGCUCGCAUAAGGCACUGGGCUCCGAAAGUGAAGACGGGUUGUAUGACUUGUCGGAUCCGGAGAGUGAAAUGUGACGAGACAAAACCCGUGUCAUUGCCAGCGAUGCUCUUCUACCGGAAGAAAGUGCGAUGGCUACAAUUCAGUCGCCCAAGAGCCGCCCACUACGGUCCUCGGCGUGAUACAGAUGCCUUCUUAUUGGGAGUCACUACCCCCAAUCUGGCUGGCUUCUUCGACCAGGGCCGCUGGGCUUGCGGAUUGCUUCAAAUGUCGCACCAGUACCCGGCCCUGUGGCAUGCCAUGACAGCGGUGGCCUGCAUUCAUCGAGACUUCAUGGUCAACACUACGCCGAUUACCAUGUCAAGAAUGCAGGAUAGCCCCAAGGUGAGGCUUGCGUUGCAACAGUGGAACAAAUCCAUCCAAAGUCUGCAAGAACUGCUGUCAGGACAGGCUUUAACUAAGUUCGACAGACUGGUCAUCCUGAGUGUUUGCAUCUUAUUCAUUACCAUGUCAAGUCUGCAGGGCCGUCUGUGGCAGGCUUUCGUGCACAUAAACGGCGGACUGAAGCUAAUUCACCAGUGGAAAUUGGCGGACAGAGGUGAAGAAAAGAGAGAUGAGAAUUCAGAUCUGGAUGUGUUGCUGGUCUUGUUUACCCAACUCGACUCACAAGCGCGCCCCUAUCUUCCUAGUCUUUCGAAUAACCUUCAAUGGACGGACAAGCAGAUCAUUUUGUCGUCGUCUACCACCCCCUUCAAGUCUCUGCUAGAGGCGUGUGUUGAUUUGGAGGUGCAUUUUAACAGGAUGAUGCAAAUAUUUACCAACAAUUCAAUAUAUAUUGAUGUUCCAGAUGCUGUGAUGCAGAUCAAGAAAAAACAGUGUCUUCUUGGUCUUACUGAAUGGGAUACCAGGCUUGAUAAGUAUCUUGGAAUAAUACCGCAGCUAGAAGAUGAGAGGCCUCUGAAAGUUCUCUAUGUCCGACGCAGACUUGCACAACUGGCACUCUCUAUGGACCUGACUAAAGGCGAACUAGCCCACGACGACUUCGUCGAGGACUAUGCAUACAUGCUCGAACUGAUGGGCGACAUUCUAGGAGACCCCAUGGAUCCAUUAGACAGCCAGCCUGCAAAUAUAGACCAAUCACAAAACAUGAGCUUCCAUCUGGAGACAAUAACGACGGAGCCAUUAUUCUUAAUUGCACUCCGCUGUCGAGAACCCACGAUCAGGCGGCAGGCGAUCCGUCUUCUCAGACAGUACCCAAGGCGCGAAGGCAUCUGCGAAGGCAUGGCAGCCCUGAAGAUUGCGGAACGAGUAAUGGAGAUUGAAGAGGAAUGUUUAACUAGCCCUGAAAAUGCUUGCGCUCGUGGGAAGUGGAUAUGUGAGAAACAUCGAGUUACUUGGCUACAGUUCUUCCUGGUUCAUGAUCGGCAGGCGCGGACUGUGGUGCACACUCGGGAGGAUCUGCUGCACGGCCGGCCAGGGAGAGAGAUUGUGACGACGUAUUGGUGA